AUGGCGGCAGUCAGAGCGCUCGUCCUCGCGUGCGUGCUCCUCCUCGUGUCGACGUCCGCCUUGGCGCAGCGUGGUCCGCCUGGCGGAGGUCCUCCCGGCGGUCAGCGCGGAGGCCCUGGCGCCGGUUCCGGCGGACCCGGCGGUCCCGGGGGUCCAGACGGAAAGCCGCCGCACGGUCCUCCGUUGAACCUGACGGCCGUCGGGAAUCUGACGGCCGAUAUCGGCGCGCGACUCGCCAACUGCACCAUGGAUCAGAAGACCCUUAACGGCAGCUUCCACAUCGCCGUCUUCAAGAACGCCACCGGAAAUUACAAUCUGCUGGUCGAGGCGCUGCUGGUGGACACGGCAGGCGGUCCACCCGACUCGAUCGCAAUCGUGAAGGGCGCCGUGUGCGACUCCGCCGCGACGGACGUGCUCGCGCUGCCGCUCGCCGCGGCGGACUGGCAGCAGCGCGCGGGGUGGUGGCUGCUGCACGCGGAGGCGCGCCUCGACGCGUUCCUCGAGAACGCGGACGCCGCCACCCUCGACGCGCUGCUCGCCGUGCUCCCCACCGCCUCGCCUCCGCCCAUCAGCGGCGGCGGUCGCAACGGCGGGGGUAGCAGUGCCGGCGGAGGCAGCGCGGGGGGCGCGCGGAACGGGCAGGGCGGGAGGCGCAUGGGGCGGGAGCUGCUGAUGCACGCAUUCGGGCUCGCUGCCAGGCAGGGGGGGCAGAAGCAGGGGGGGCAGCAGCAGGGGGGGCAGCAGCAGGGGGGGCAGAAGCAGCAGGGGGGAGCGCAGCAGGCGCCUGUAGUGAGCGGGUAUGCUGUGCUGGCGGGCAGCAGCGCAGCAGGUGUGACAGUGCGAAUGCCGCGGGUGGGGGAAGCGGAAAUGAAUGAGGAGGGGGAGCGGUUAUUGGCGGAGAGAUGGCGGGCGGCGGAGAGUUCUGCGCGAAAGACUGGCGGACGAAUUGGGGGAGGAGACGUAUGUAGCGGCGACGAGGCAGUAUCGCGGAUGUACAAUGGUGACUCGACGGGCAGAGAGACGGAUCCCCUUUUGGAGAGAGGAGCCUAUAAAGGGACGGGCAAUAACGAGUACGGGGGGCAGGACGUUGUAACAGGGGGAAGAAGCAUUGCGCGGAUAAGGGAGGGGAUUCCGCCAGCUGCAGGCGCAGAGAAGGGCGUGCCACGUGGCGUGGUGAUAUUGGUCGUCGUGUUCCUGGACCUGUUUGCAGUGGGCAUGGCCAUGCCGCUCGUCACGCCGCUAAUCAAGGAGCUAGGAGCGUCCCCUUUACAGGUCGGCUUUCUCUCGUCCACAUACGGCGCUGUGCAACUCGUUACCGGUCCAUUCUUUGGCUUGCUGAGUGACAGCAUGGGCAGGCGGGAUGUGAUUCUGGUGUCAUAUGCUGGCGCAGAGGCCAGCUACUUACUUUCGACUACACCUGUUGCCCUCUUCCCCUGCUCCCUCUCCGGUCUGCUGAGUGACAGCAUGGGCAGGCGGGUUGUGACUCUGGUGUCGUAUGCUGGCGCAGGGGCCAGCUACCUGCUGCUGGGGCAGAGCAGCACCGUCACGGUGAGUGACGAGGAGAAGGGGGGGGGCGGGGGAUUGAGGGAGGGGAUGAGGCCGAGCUACCUGCUGCUGGGGCAGAGCAGUUCUACUUCAAGGCUCUUUUCAAUGGUGGUGAUCUCUCGUGUGCUACUGGGCAUCACCAAGCACAGCAUGAAUGCAGUCAAGGCGUAUGUGGCGGAUCACACCACAGCCACCAACAGAGCCGUGGAGCUCGGCAGGAUGGCAACAGCAUCGGCUCUGGGCAUCAUGGUCGGCCCUGCAGUGGGUGGCAUGCUAUUUAAAGUGGCCAUACUGACUCGACCCCGAGUGGCAGCACUGAUGGCGGUGCGGGCAGUGCUGGGGCUGGCGGUGCACCUCUUCCGGCAGGGCUUCUCGCUGCUCCUCAUCUACCGCCUCAACCUCCCCGUGCACACCAAUGGACUGCUGCUCUCGCUGCAGGGCUUCUCGCUGCUCCUCAUCUACCACCUCAACCUCCCCGUGCACACCAACAGACUGCUGCUCUCGCUGCAGGGUUUCUCGCUGCUCCUCAUCUACCGCCUCAACCUGCCAGUCCACACCAACGGGCUGCUGCUUUCAUUGCAGGUGAGCAGUGCACCUCUGCACAUCGCUGGGUCUCCUCACAUCGCUGGUACAGGGCCUCGCCAUGCGUCCCUUGCUGCACUGAUGUCCAAAGCCCCUCAUGGCCUCGCCAUCCGCCCCUUACUGCAUCGCUUCCCAGAAGCGCCUCUCAUCUUCCGCGGCCUGCUGCUGCUCUCCCUCACCCUCGCUCUGCUCGCUGCUGCCCCCAGCCUUGUAAGCCGUUCCCCCAUGUGCCAUGUUGUCUGCCCCCGCCCCAUCUUCUGUCAACCUUCCCUCACCCUCGCCCUCUUUGCUGCUGCUCCCAGCCUUUGCGUUGUUUCCAACCUCAUGGAUUGUUCCUCCUUGUACCAUGCUCUCUCCAUCUGCCUCUUCUGCUUUUCGCUCUGCCUCUUCUUCUGUGUCUCCAUCUGCCUCUUCUUCUGUGUCUCCAUCUGCCUCUUCUUCUGUGUCUCCAUCUGCCUCUUCUUCUGUGUCUCCAUCUGCCUCUUCUUCUGUGUCUCCAUCUGCCUCUUCUUCUGUGUCUCCAUCUGCCUCUUCUUCUGUGUCUUCAUCUGCCUCUUCUUCUGUGUCUCCAUCUGCCUCUUCUUCUGUGUCUCCAUCUGCCUCUUCUUCUGUGUCUCCAUCUGCCUCUUCUUCUCUUUUCCUGAUCCUAUUGCUACCUCUGCUCGCCCUAUCAACCGGUGUUCUCCGCACCACAUACACAGCCCUCCUCACCACCUCUGUCGCUCAGAGCGCCUCAAAACUCGAGUGCUCGGCCCCUCAUCAUGUCUUUUGAGGCGCCUCAAAACUCGAGUGCUCGGCCCCUCAUCAUGUCUUUUGAGGCGCCUCAAAACUCGAGUGCUCGGCCCCUCAUCAUGUCUUUUGAGGCGCCUCAAAACUCGAGUGCUCGGCCCCUCAUCAUGUCCGCCUGACAAAUGCACUGACCCUCUUCCACACCACACUGCAUGCCAUGCUCUCUUCCCCCCUCUCCCUCUUCCCUUUCCUUCCCCUGCCCCACCCAACAACCAGGUGGGUCAGCUGCUGGGCCUAUCAGACGCCAUCAUGUCAGCUUGUCGGGUGCUCGGUCCCUCUGCUGCCGGCCUCCUCUCAUCCCAAUUCGGCUACCACGCCCCUGUCGCUGUCAGCGCUGUCAUUGCAGCCACUGCAGCUCUCCUCUUCCACCUGCUAGUGCUGCGCCGCCAUCAACCUGCCUCUGCUGCCACAGGAAUUUUGUCCAAAGGGCAUUUGGCCUGA